GCCAGUAAAGUAAGGAGGCGUUUUGAAGAAAAAAAAAAUUCUUAUCUUAUUUGUAAUUGCGAUUCUUUCUCCUCAAAAGUUCCAUGUCCCUUCGUUGUCUGCAAACAAGAUAAGCUACCGCUCCGUCUGCUCCUUUUGUCCUCUCCUCUACACAACAAUGGAAGCUACUAGCCUCCUUUCUACCCCUUCCUCCCGAUCCCUGGCUUUCCAAACCUUAAUUCUAAAACCCUCAAGUCCACUUAUUUUCCCCAAACCCAAACUCGUCUCCGUCAAACCUCCCGGAUUCCCUCCAGCAGAGCCACCAUUACAGCUCCUAGAAGGAGGAGACCGUCGAGACCGUUAAGACUUAGCUCGAAAACUGUUACCUUUUCGCCGGAAUCAACUACACGGCCUUCACCGUCAAGCAGUUUCAGGACCUGUGCAGGGCCCUUCCGGAAUCCUCGAAGUUGAUCGUGGCCUGGAGGGCACCCCUUGGAAGGUGCUCAGACCCCUGCAUGAACGGAAUGAACGCCUAGCUCUUCGUCCACAGCGAGGAGAUCCCAGAGGCGAUUAAGCCUCACAGAGCAUUCCAAGGAGAGAAGAGGUUAGAAGAUAAUGAUUUUGUAGGUGCCCUUUUCGAGGGCAAGUUUUACGGGCCUGGGGAUUUUAAGCAGCCGGAGAACAUGCCUAAAGAGCAGGGUCUUUGCAGGAGCCAGCAAUGGGGCUUGUGAGUAUCCUUCAGCAGCCAGCCAGGCAUAUAUUGAUGGCCUUGAAAACCUAUGUUCAGAAGCUCGAAGAGGAAGUGGGCCAAUAAUGAGGUCGGAAAUCAUACGUUCCAGAUUCUUGUGUUUGUAAGUGCAAGCUUAGAGAGAACUCUUUUUUUUUUUUUUUGUUAAUAGGGGAAGAUUCUUAUAGAAUGUAAAAUCAAUAUUUGAGUUUGUUUUGGAAAUUGAAACUUCAUUUCACUGCAAAUUAGCUUAUGCUUCUAUACAUUUUUUGAGUUUGUUCAUGAUCAUUGAGUUUGUGUGUGUGUGCAAAUUAGCUUAUGCUUCUAUACAUUUUUAUAGUUUGUUCCUGAUCAUUAAGUUUGUGUGUGUGCGUGAUAUUUGAGUUUGUUUUGGAAAUUGAAACUUCAUUUCACCGCAAAUUAGCCUAUGCUUCUAUACUGACAUCUGCAAAUUAGCUUAUGCUUCUAUACAUUUUUUGAGUUUGCUCAUGAUCAUUAAGUUUGUGUGUGUGUGUGCAAAUUAGCUUAUGCUUCUGCUUGUGCUUCUAUACAUUUUUUGAGUUUGUUCCUGAUCAUUAAGUUUGUGUGUGUGUGUGUGUGUUUUAUUUGAGUUUGUUUUGGAAAUUGAA